CAUGACUCAUGAGACGAGGAAAGCUUCACACAGAAGCGGCGAGGAGAAGACAUGAUCAUGAAGCCAGAGGCCGAUGAGCCACUGCAGCAGCUGGACGCCAAACCCAGGAGGCUCUACCAAGCUUGGAAAGGAAACAACGUAUUCUUGUGUGGUGGGCGGCUGAUACUUGGACCAGAUGCAGCCUCACUGCUGCUGUCGACGUUCCUCGUCGUCGGCCCAACCAUCACCUUCUGCUACCAGAUGAAAUCCAAAUUUUACCACUCUCAGGAGCACACCACUGGGCAACAGUAUAUGCAUCGAGCGGCACUGCUGAUAGUGAUCAUCACAACAAUUAUGGAUUUGGUCUUCCUCUACAUGACAUCUGCCAGAGACCCAGGAAUAGUACCAAGGAACACAAGAGCGCCGCCACCUGAAGCUGAUGAAUUGCUUGGCUCUAGCACGCCGUCCAUGGACUGGAGCGGCGGGAGAACCCCACGGAUGAGGUUCCAUCGGCCAAAGGACGUCAUUGUGAAUGGUUUCACAGUGAAGGUGAAGUUUUGCGAGACCUGCCUAAGGUACCGCCCACCACGAUCCUCGCACUGCUCCAUCUGCAAUAACUGCGUCCACAAGUUUGACCACCACUGCCCAUGGGUCGGUCAGUGCAUCGGACUUAGGAACUACCGCUACUUCUUUCUGUUCAUAGCAACAUCGACUUUCCUGUGCAUAUUUGUCUUUAUUUUUUCAUGGCUGAGUGUCUACAGCCAAAUGGAAGACAACAGUGGCUCUAUCUGGAAGGCCUUGCGCAAGGAAGCAUACUCUUUUGCGCUAAUCAUAUAUACUUCCAUAGUUGUUUGGUUUGUUGGUGGCCUCACAGUAUUUCAUCUCUAUCUGAUAAGUACUAAUCAGACAACAUAUGAGAACUUCAGAUACCAUUACGAUAAGAAGGACAAUCCCUACCGAAAGAGCAUAGCAGCAAACUUUGUGGAAGUGUUCUUUACCAAGAUACCUCCUCCGCGGAAUGAUUUCCGUUCACGGGUAGUUGAGGGAGCACUUGAAGCUGGGUUCUACACUCCAUAUAUUGGGAUAGAUGUGACAACCCCAAGGGAAAAGAUUGAUGUAGACAUGGAAAACAAAGAAGUACUUGUUGGGGGUAUGCAGAUUCCAACAGUACUUCAGAACAUAGACUAUGGUUCCUUUGAAGAUAGUUCAGAUGACAAGAACAGGAACGAGGGCAACAAAUCAGGGCAUUUUCCUCCAGCUUGGGCACAAGGAAAUGAAGGUGCUGGAACAUCUGCAGCAGCUACCGCAGCAUGCAACGAUGAAACAAGUGAGGACGAUGUUAACGAGAUUAGUAGUCCAAAUACAUCUUCCACACAAACAUCUGCUGAAGCUAACGCAGAAUCACCAGGUGAGGAUGAUGCUAAAGAAAGUAAUAGUUCAAAUAGAACUGCCUGAUCUUCAAAGGACAUGAGCUGAUAGCUUUGUUUUACUUGAGUACAUUUGGGAGCUUGUUUGUAGAUAUGGCCAUUGUGAUUUUCAGUUGACAUGAUUCUUUAUAACAACAACAACAAAGCCUUUCAGUCUCAAACAAGUUGGAGUAGGCUAGAGAUGAAACCCAUAAGAUCUUGCAAGUCUAGUCAUGGCUCUGGCAUAUGGAUAGCUAACUUCCACGCACCCCUGUCCAUGGCUAGUUCUUUGGUGAUAUUACAGUCUUUCAGAUCCCUCUUUAUAGACUCCUCCCAUGUCAAGUUUGGUUUACCUCGACCUCUCUUGACAUUAUCCGCACGCUUUAUUCUUCUGCUAUGUACAGGCGCUUCUGAGGGCCUGCGUUGUAUAUGCCCAAACCAUCUCAAACGAUGUUGGACAAGCUUCUCUUCAAUUGGUACUACACCAACUCUAUCACGUAUGUCAUCAUUCCGAACCCGAUCCUUUCUUGUGUGGCCACACAUCCAUCUCAGCAUGCGCAUCUCCGCUACACUCAACCGUUGGACAUGUUGCCUUUUUGUUGGCCAACAUUCUGCGCCAUACAACAUCGCAGGUCUAAUUGCCGUCCUAUAGAACCUGCCUUUUAGCUUCUGUGGUACUCUCUUGUUGCAGAGGACGCCGGAAGCUUGGCGCCACUUCAUCCAUCCGGCUUUGAUUCGAUGGCUCACAUCUUCAUCGAUUUCACCAUCCUUCUGCAGCAUCGACCCCAAAUAUCGAAAGGUAUCCUUUUGAGGUAUCACCUGCCCGUCAAGGCAAACCUCAUCCUCCUCGUGCCUAGUAGUACUAAAAUCGCACCUCAUGUACUCAGUUUUAGUUCUACUAAGCCUAAAACCCUUCGACUCCAAGGUCUGUCUCCACAGCUCCAACUUUCCAUUUACCCCCGUCCGACUAUCGUCGACUAGCACCACAUCAUCUGCAAAGAGCAUACACCAUGGGAUAUCACCUUGUAUAUCCCUUGUGACCUCAUCCAUCACCAAAGCAAAAAGAUAAGGGCUCAAAGCUGACC